AUGGGUCACGGUACGCUGGCUAGCAACUAUCUGACAAUAGCCGUGGAUUGCCUUGGAGCACUGGCAUUCUUCACCUUCGCUUUUCUGUCAGACAAGUACGGAAAGUGCGGCAUGGCGCAGUAG